UGGGUCAGGAGACAGACCUGUCUCUAGACCGGCUACCGAGAGCCACUCUCCUCGCAAGUACUUCUUCGCCUGGCUGCUGAAGAGGCGGAAUGUCUCCCCCCGUUCCUGACCGCCCUCUGUUAGCUCUUCCUCACUGUACAGUGGGGCUGAGCCCACAGCAUGCGAUACUUCGCUUACUUGGUGAGGGAACACCAAAGGACAGGGGCAGGUAGAGGACACGUGAUUUCAGUGGGCUUGCUCCCGGGCCAUGCCAACUAACGGUUUUGUGUCUGAGUACCCACCGGACCGUUGGCUAGUAGGUGUCAGAGGUGACCUGGGAAGAGAUUUGAAGACGACCGAGCCAACCAAUUCGAUGACGGCAGGGUUGUCGGUGGAGACACGACCGCUGGAUGACACCGGGAGCACUGGCCUCUGGCUGCGGACUAGUGCUGCCUCGACCCCUUCCUCUGCUGCCACGUCUGCUCACUGUCACCUAAAACAUGGCCUCUCUGACACUUCCUCUGCGUGUUGUCUGACAUACUCUUUAAUUAACGAUUCUGUGUCCAGUAAGAUAACAAUUCUGUGUCCUUCAAUAACAAUUCUGUGUCUGUCCCUGAGUAACAAUUCUGUGUCCCUGAGUAACAGUUCUGUGUCCCUGGAGUAACAAUUCUGUGUCCCUGAGUAACAGUUUCUGUGUCCCUGAGUAACAAUUCUGUGUCCCUGAGUAACAAUUCUGUGUCCCUCAGUAACAAUUCUGUGUCCCUCAGUAA